AUGUCGUUGCAAAAUUGCUUCGUCCGGCGCUGGAGCCGCAGCGGCGGGUCUCUCGUCGUCGCCCGCGUCGCGGCGGGGUGUGUCCUCCGGCAUCCGAGGCGCCUGCACGGGACGCAGACCACGCCGUGGCAGUCCGAGGAUCGCGUGGCAAACUGGUGCUGUAGGCUGUGGGGCCUCCGGCAGAGCCGCGGCGGCGGCGGCGGGGACGCCCCCCCGACGUCGCUGUCGCCUUCAACGUGCGCCGCGCCGUCGUCCCGCGGCGGUCGCGGGCGGGGGCUGCUGGGGGAGGUGGCGAGCCAGACGGGGCUGGCGGAGGAGCUGAAGGCGGUGAUGGUGGGGGAGAAGGGGCGGCUGCCGGCGUCCGUCGUGGAGUCGGUGUGGGACGUGUACGAGUCGAUUAUUCCCCCCGGCGCGGCCUCCGACGUCGCCCGAUUUGUGGCCCCCGCGGAGGAGGCGAAGUUUUUUGAGUUUAUGGGGCUGCUAGCCGAGCUCGAUGUCAACCUCGCCGACCUCAAGUCCGCGACAGAGAAGCUGGCCCGGUGCAUCGCCGCCAUUGAGGCGCUUCUGGCGGAGGUGCAGCGGGGCGAGGCGAAGGACACGACUGCCGGUGGAGGUGGUGGUGGUGGUGGUGCCGCCGCGGCCGCGCUUUCGGCAAAGUUAGUGGCGGCGAAGAACGACCUGCUGCGGCAGUGCGUUGCGGUGCGACACGCGGGAUCGCCGGUGCACUACCUUUGGCUGAGGCAGAGUGCCUCGCUGGAGCGUGGGAUGCAGCGGCUGAUGGAGCUGCGGCGUUGCGUCACUUAUUUCAAAGCCCGAUGUCGUGAGCGACUCGCGGCUCUGCAGGGCACGACAGAGCCAGGCGUCCAAAAACCCUCCACGCCAGAAGUGACGGCGGCGAGGCGGGAAACUGUGGAGCUCUGGAUCACGCGACAGCGUCAUGUGUCUUCGAUAGAUGGGGCCCUGGAGUUUCUCUUCAGCGACUUUUUUGCAAAGGAGUGGCUGGUGAUGGAGGAGUUGACUUGGCACUCCACCCCACCUGCGUUGCUGGAACAGGUGAUUGCUGCAGAGGCGGUGCACCCCUUCGUGAACGGCUUGGCCGACAUGAAGCAGCGACUGCAGCCGGCCAAGAAUCGCCACCUGUUUGCCUUUUUCCACCCAGCGGUGGUGGAGGAGCCGUUAAUCGCCGUUCAGGUGGCCCUGACGCACGGCAUCGCUGGCUCCGUGGACCGCAUCCUCGGACGGCCAUCGCCGCUUGAGCGGCCGGGGCGGGGCGCAGGAGGCGCGUGCAGCGAGGACAGGCACGGUUGUGGCACCAGCGGCGGUUCGGUGGACACGGCCGUGUUUUACAGCAUCAACUCCGCCCAGUCCGCGCUGCGGGGCAUCAAUCUCGGAAAUCUGCUCAUUAAGCGUGUGGUGCGAGAAAUCGAGGCGGGGCUCAAUGCGAAGCGACGGGCUGCGGGGCUGUCCCCCAUCACGACCUUCUCCACACUCUCGCCGAUUCCAGGCUACGUGGCCUGGCUGACCACGGAAGUGGCGAAGCUGCAGCAGCAGGUAAUGCCGCGUCCUGACCGUCCUUCAGAGGCGGGCGCCAAAUUCGCCACGCAUCGCAUCUUUGGUGACGCAGGCGGAGAGGAGGCGGGUUUGUUUUCGCAGCUACGUGUGGCGGUACUAGAAUUCGUGAAGCGUCACCCUGAGACCCACGUUGAGUUUGCCGCACAGCUGCAUUCGUCUUCGUCUGCGAGUGGCGCGGCGAACUUCUUCACCAUGCAGUUUCUGCUCCGCCUGUUCCGUGCCUCCGACGCGGACGCAAGUAGCCGCCCGCAGCAUCAGCGGCUACUUGCGUGGUGGGAGGACGACGCCUUUGCCAGCGCCAUUGAGGCGCCGUUGCUGCGUUCUGUGGCCCACUACCUCUACAGGGAGAAGCGGCGGGGGCGUAUUCUUGACCCUGUCGGGAACUUCCACAUCUCCAACGGGGCAACGAUGUGGCGGCUAAAUUACUUGGGCAACUGCAGCGCCGCCGGCAGCCGCGAGAGUGCCACGGUGAUGGUGAACUACCUCUACGACCCGGCACAGGUGAGUGCGCAGGUGAAGGCGUAUGAGGUGCACCGCACGGUGCCUGUUGGGGAGAGGGUCCUGCAACACCUUGGCGUACAAUGA